AUGAUGAGCCACCAGCAGACAGUAGAAACUAUUGCAGAAUGGGCUGAUGAGCCCCCUAACGAGAAGUUGGACAGAGAUGAUGAGCCACCAGCAGACUCAGUAGAAACUAUUGCAGAAUGGGCUGAUGAGCCCUCUAACGAGAAGUUGGAUAGAGAUGAUGAGCCACCAGCAGACUCAGUAGGAACUAUUGUAGAAUGGGCUGAUGAGCCCCCUAACGAGAAGCUGGAUAGUGAUGAUGAGCCACCAGCAGACUCAGUAGAAACUAUUGCAGAAUGGGCUGAUGAGCCCCCUAACGAGAAGUUGGAUAGUGAUGAUGAGUCACCAGCAAACUCAGUAGAAACUAUUGAAGAAUGGGCUGAUGAGCCCCCUAACGAGAAGUUGGACAGAGAUGAUGAGCCACCAGCAGACUCAGUAGAAACUAUUGCAGAAUGGGCUGAUGAGCCCUCUAACGAGAAGUUGGAUAGAGAUGAUGAGCCACCAGCAGACUCAGUAGAAACUAUUGCAGAAUGGGCUGAUGAACCUCCUAACGAGAAGUUGGAUAUAGAUGAUGAGCCACCAGCAGACUCAGUAGAAACUAUUGCAGAAUGGGCUGAUAAGCCCCCUAACGAGAAGUUGGAUAGUGAUGAUGAGUCACCAGCAAACUCAGUAGAAUCUAUUGAAGAAUGGGCUGAUGAGCCCCCUAACGAGAAGUUGGACAGAGAUGAUGAGCCACCAGCAGACUCAGUAGAAACUAUUGCAGAAUGGGCUGAUGAGCCCUCUAACGAGAAGUUGGAUAGAGAUGAUGAGCCACCAGCAGACUCAGUAGGAACUAUUGUAGAAUGGGGUGAUGAGCCCCCUAACGAGAAGUUGGAUAGUGAUGAUGAGCCACCAGCAGACUCAGUAGAAACUAUUGUAGAAUGGGGUGAUGAGCCCCCUAACGAGAAGUUGGAUAUAGAUGAUGAGCCACCAGCAGACUCAGUAGAAACUAUUGCAGAAUGGGCUGAUGAGCCCUCUAGUGAGAAGUUGGAUAGAGAUGAUGAGCCACCAGCAGACUCAGUAGAAACUAUUGCAGAAUGGGGUGAUGAGCCCCCUAACGAGAAGUUGGAUAGUGAUGAUGAGCCACCAGCAGACUCAUUGGAUAUAGAUGAUGAGCCACCAGCAGACUCAGUAGAAACUAUUGCAGAAUGGGCUGAUGAGCCCUCUAGUGAGAAGUUGGAUAGAGAUGAUGAGCCACCAGCAGACUCAGUAGAAACUAUUGCAGAAUGGGCUGAUGAGCCCCCUAACGAGAAGUUGGAUAGUGAUGAUGAGCCACCAGCAGACUCAGUAGAAACUAUUGCAGAAUGGGCUGAUGAGCCCUCUAACGAGAAGUUGGAUAGAGAUGAUGAGCCACCAGCAGACUCAGUAGGAACUAUUGUAGAAUGGGCUGAUGAGCCCCCUAACGAGAAGCUGGAUAGUGAUGAUGAGCCACCAGCAGACUCAGUAGAAACUAUAGCAGAAUGGGCUGAUGCGCCCCCUAACGAGAAGUUGGAUAUAGAUGAUGAGCCACCAGCAGACUCAGUAGAAACUAUUGCAGAAUGGGCUGAUGAGCCCCCUAACGAGAAGUUGGAUAGAGAUGAUGAGCCACCAGCAGACUCUGUAGGAACUAUUGUAGAAUGGGGUGAUGAGCCCCCUAACGAGAAGUUGGAUAGUGAUGAUGAGCCACCAGCAGACUCAGUAGAAACUAUUGUAGAAUGGGGUGGUGAGCCCCCUAACGAGAAGUUGGAUAUAGAUGAUGAGCCACCAGCAGACUCAGUAGAAACUAUUGCAGAAUGGGCUGGUGAGCCCUCUAGUGAGAAGUUGGAUAGAGAUGAUGAGCCACCAGCAGACUCAGUAGAAACUAUUGCAGAAUGGGCUGAUGAGCCCCCUAACGAGAAGUUGGAUAGUGAUGAUGAGCCACCAGCAGACUCAGUAGAAACUAUUGCAGAAUGGGCUGAUGAGCCCUCUAACGAGAAGUUGGAUAGAGAUGAUGAGCCACCAGCAGACUCAGUAGGAACUAUUGUAGAAUGGGCUGAUGAGCCCCCUAACGAGAAGCUGGAUAGUGAUGAUGAGCCACCAGCAGACUCAGUAGAAACUAUAGCAGAAUGGGCUGAUGAGCCCCCUAACGAGAAGUUGGAUAUAGAUGAUGAGCCACCAGCAGACUCAGUAGAAACUAUUGCAGAAUGGGCUGAUGAGCCCCCUAACGAGAAGUUGGAUAGAGAUGAUGAGCCACCAGCAGACUCUGUAGGAACUAUUGUAGAAUGGGGUGAUGAGCCCCCUAACGAGAAGUUGGAUAGUGAUGAUGAGCCACCAGCAGACUCAGUAGAAACUAUUGUAGAAUGGGGUGGUGAGCCCCCUAACGAGAAGUUGGAUAUAGAUGAUGAGCCACCAGCAGACUCAGUAGAAACUAUUGCAGAAUGGGCUGGUGAGCCCUCUAGUGAGAAGUUGGAUAGAGAUGAUGAGCCACCAGCAGACUCAGUAGAAACUAUUGCAGAAUGGGCUGAUGAGCCCCCUAACGAGAAGUUGGAUAGUGAUGAUGAGCCACCAGCAGACUCAGUAGAAACUAUUACAGAAUGGGCUGAUGAGCCCUCUAACGAGAAGUUGGAUAGAGAUGAUGAACCACCAGCAGACUCAAUAGAAACUAUUGCAGAAUGGGCUGAUGAGUGCUCUAAUGAGGCAUGUUUGGAAGCCACCUCUACCUUUGCAGCAUAUUGUCGAUUUAGAGCUUCUCUUAGUUGUGGCCUUAUGAAACUAACGCCCUUAAAAACAGGACCAUUUCCGAACAAAACAGCCUUUAUCGUUACAGGCCCAUCGAAGAAGAGGGCCUUUACUCAACGGAAGGUGUGUCCUAUUAAGGCGGCCUUCAUAGUCACAGGCCCUCCAAAGAUAAGAGCAUUUACUCCAGAGAAGGUCUGUCCCAUUAAAACGUCCUUUUGUGUUACUGAACCACCGAAGAAGAAGGCAUUCACUUGUAAAUUUUUUGUACCAAGUAAAACUCAAGUCUCUGGUUUUGAUGUGACUAACAAUAUGAAGUGCCCUUCAAAAUUGGGUCAGUCUUGA